GAAGCCUCGUUUGCUAAAAUCACGUGACUUGGGCCAGUUUGAAACAAGCUCCGAACCACUGAUUCGAAACAAAAGAUUCGUAAAUGUUUCGAAGCCUCAUAAAGCAGUGCUUCGAAAACGACCAUCACUAUCAUUCUCACAGAAACUAAAGAAACACAACAAAGACCCCUCUCAACAGCGCGAAAAUUAGAAAAUUAGAGAAUGGCGCUGCGGUCCCUAAAAGUCGGGCUGCCUAUGCGGAAGCACCGCUUCUUUUAACGUGGGGACGAAUGGCGUCGGUCAUGACUGUCUUCAUUAACACAUAUAUCAGUGCUGAACUUCACCUAAGAUGAGUGAAACAGGGAAACUGAGAGACAGAUCAGGCUCAACUGUAUUCAGCUCUGUCUCUCUAAAGAGUGACUGCUCCAAAGGUAAUGUACCAAACUUCAGUGAGGAAACACCAACAGCUACUAAAAGAAGUAACCAGCGACUGGAGACCUCGGUAAAUAUUGGUUCAGAAAUUAAUCGAUGGAAAGCAUUAAAAGAACAGAGAGGAAUAAAGAGUGAUGAGGAACUGGCAACUUUUCUGAUCAACAGGCAUCGAUAUGAGACAUCAGAGGCAGACAUUCAGAACUCUGAAGACGAUCUUCCCCAGAUCUUCAAGGAUCUUGAGUAUGAAAUAAACACAUUUCAGAAGAAAGAGCUGGAAAGGUUUCAGAAGAUAUGGAGAAAUGGAAACAUACAAGACUUGGUGAAAGACUAUAAGGACAGAAACCAAAUCAGAGAAGCAUUUCUUGAUAUCACACUCCACUUUCUCAAAUGUUUGAAACAAGAUGAACAUGCUGAGAGGCUGGAAGAUGAGCUGGUCUAUAGCUGUCAGCUGAAAUCAAACCUGGAGAAGAGGUAUCAACGUGUAUUUGAAGGAAUUGCAAAUCAUGGUGACUCCACACUUCUAAAUAAGAUCUACACAGAUCUUUACAUCACUCAGGGUGGAGGUCAACAAAUCAAUACUGAACAUGAGAUAAGACAGAUUGAAGUCGCUUCGAGGAAUCUAGAAACAUCAGAGACACAAAUUGAAUUCAAUAAUAUGUUUAACCCCCAUGAACAAGACCAGAACAUCAGAACUGUGUUAACAAAAGGAGUUGCUGGCAUUGGAAAAUCUGUCUCCGUUCAAAAGUUUGUUCUGGACUGGGCCGAAGGUAAAGAAAAUCAGGAUAUCAGCUUCAUAUUUCCUCUUCCUUUUCGAGAGAUGAACUUAAAGGAGAAAGAAAUACUAAGUCUGAUGGACCUUAUAAGUCAAUUUUUUCCAGAGGUCAAAGGACUGAACCUUACAAGAAAUGAGAAAUUUAAAGUGCUGUUUAUCUUUGAUGGAUUGGAUGAAUGUCGUCUUCCUCUGAAGUUUGACAGUAAUGAGAUGUUGCGUGAUGUCACAUCUCCUGCUUCUCUGGAUGUUCUCCUAACAAACCUCAUCAAAGGAAAUCUGUUUCCUUCUGCUCUCAUCUGGAUAACCACCAGACCAGCAGCGGCCGGUAAGAUACCACCUGAAUGUAUUGACCGGGUGACAGAGGUACGAGGAUUCAAUGAUGCACAGAAGGUGGAGUACUUCAGAAAAAGAUUCACUGAUGAGAAUAUGGCCAACACAAUCAUUGAUCAUGUUAAAAACUCAAAGAGUCUGUUCAUCAUGUGUCACAUCCCAGUCUUCUGCUGGAUUUCAGCCACUGUCCUUCAGAACAUUCUGGAGAAGAAGAGAAACGAUCAGUCUGAUGACACAACAUCUGAAGAUACUCCUAAAACUCUGACACAAAUGUACACACAUUUCUUUCGCUUUCAGAUUCAACAAAGCAGAAGAAAAUAUGAAGGAGAAUAUUCACCUGAUAUUUGCUGGGAUAAAGAUGUUAUCCUUUCACUGGGAAAACUGGCAUUUCAACAGCUGGAAGGAAGCAACUUGAUCUUCUAUGACUCAGACUUGGAGGCCUGUGGCAUUGAUAUAACUAAAGCAUCAGUUUACUCAGGGAUGUGCACACAGAUCUUUAAACAGGAAACAGGGAUCAUUACUGGUACCAUGUACUGUUUUGUUCACUUGAGCAUUCAGGAGUUUACUGCAGCUCUGUAUGCACAUCUGUUUCUGGACAUUUCAAAGAAAAAUGUGUUUGUUCAAGAUCACACAGGAGAGGAAAACAAUGAAACAAUGAUUGGUUUACUAAAGACUGCAGUGGAUAAAGCACUUGAGAGUGAAAAUGGACAUCUGGAUCUUUUCCUUCGCUUCCUCCUCGGUCUGUCACUUGAGUCCAAUCGGCCGCUCUUACGAGGUCUCUUAACACAAGAAGAGAGCAAUGAACAGAGCAACAAGGAGAUAGUCGAGUAUAUCAAGCAGAAAUUUGAAGAUAAUUCAUCAGCAGAGAGAUCCAUCAAUCUGUUUUACUGUCUGAAUGAACUGAAUGAUCAAUCUCUGGUGAAGGAGAUUCAAAAGCAUCUUAAUGAAGGAAGUCUCUCAUCUGCUGACCUUUCACCUGCUCAGUGGUCUGCUCUGGUCUUUGUGUUGCUGACAUCAGAAGAGGAACUGGAGGAGUUUGAACUUCAGAAAUUCAAGAAAUCAGAUGAAUGUCUCAUUAGGUUAUCACCAGUCGUCAAAACCUCUAAACAAGCUUUGUUAAAUGAUUGUAAUCUAACAGAUAAAGGUUGUUCAGCUCUGGCUAAUGUUCUGGGGUCAGAAAGCUGUCUGAAAGAUCUGAACAUGAACAAUAAUAAACUGAAGGAUGAAGGAGUCAAGCUGCUCUGUAAUGGACUGAAGAACACAAAGUGUGAAUUAGAGAUCCUGAGACUAUCAGACUGUAGUAUUGGAGAAGAAGGUUAUAUUGCUUUAUAUUCAGCUGUGAGAUCAAACCCUUCACAUCUGAUAGAGCUGGAUCUCAGUGGAAAUGAUCCUGGAGAAUCAGGAGUUAAACUCAUCUAUGAUUUAAUACAUGAUCAAAACUGUGCACUGAAGAAAGUCAGACUAUCAGAUUGCAGUAUUGGAGAAGAAGGUUAUGUUGCUUUAUAUUCAGCUAUGAGAUCAAACCCAUCACAUCUGACAGAGCUGGAUCUCAGUGGAAAUGAUCCUGGAGAAUCAGGAGUCAAACUCAUCUAUGAUUUAAUACAAGAUCAAAACUGUGCACUGAAGAAAGUCAGAUUGAGUGGUUGUGGUCUAACAGAAGAAAGUUGUUCAGGUUUAGCUUCAGUUUUAAGAUCAAAGUCCAGUCUAAAAGAGCUCGACAUGAGCAACAAUAAUCUACAGGAUUCGGGAGUCAUGAAACUUCACAACGGAUUACAAAAUAAUAACUGUCAACUACACAAACUCAGAUUGAGUGGUUGUGGUCUAACAGAAGAAAGUUGUUCAGCUUUAGCUUCAGUUUUAAGAUCAAAGCCCGGUCUAAAAGAGCUCGACAUGAGCAACAAUAAUCUACAAGAUUCAGGAGUCAAGAAACUUCACAACGGAUUAGAAAAUACAAACUGUCAACUACACAAACUCAGAUUAAGUGGUUGUGGUCUAACAGAAGAAAGUUGUUCAGCUUUAGCUUCAGUUUUAAGAUCAAAGCCCGGUCUAAAAGAGCUCGACAUGAGCAACAAUAAUCUACAGGAUUCAGGAGUCAAGAAACUUCACAACGGAUUAGAAAAUACAAACUGUCAACUACACAAACUCAGAUUGAGUGGUUGUGGUCUAACAGAAGAAAGUUGUUCAGCUUUAGCUUCAGUUUUAAGAUCAAAGUCCAGUCUAAAAGAUCUCGACAUGAGCAACAAUAAUCUACAAGAUUCAGGAGUCAAGAAACUUCACAACGGAUUACAAAAUACAAACUGUCAACUACACAAACUCAGAUUAAGUGGUUGUGGUCUAACAGAAGAAAGUUGUUCAGCUUUAGCUUCAGUUUUAAGAUCAAAGCCCGGUCUAAAAGAGCUCGACCUGAGCAACAAUAAUCUACAGGAUUCAGGAGUCAAGAAACUUCACAACGGAUUACAAAAUACAAACUGUCAACUACACAAACUCAGACUAUCAGACUGCAGUAUUGGAGAAGAAGGUUAUGUUGCUUUGUCUAGAGCUGUGAGAUCAAACCCAUCACAUCUGAUAGAGCUGGAUCUCAGUGAAAAUGAUCCUGGAGAAUCAGGAGUCAAACUCAUCUAUGAUUUAAUACAAGAUCAAGACUGUGCACUGAAGAAUGUCAGGUUAUUGAAAAGCUCUUCUGCAGCUGAAAUCUUCAAGUAUCUGAGUGAAACUCUUGGUAUAAAUCCUUUACUCCAGAGAGAACUGAAUCUGAAUGAUCAUAAACUAAACAACACAAGAGUGAAACAGAUCUGUGAUCUACUGAAGGAUAAACAUUGCAGACUCAACAAACUCAUACUCUCAGACUGCAGUAUUGAAGAAGAAGGUUAUGUUGCUUUAUGUUCAGCUGUGAGAUCAAACCCAUCACAUCUGAUAGAGCUGGAUCUCAGUGGAAAUGAUCCUGGAGAAUCAGGAGUUAAACUCAUCUAUGAUUUAAUACAAGAUCAAAACUGUGCACUGAAGAAAGUCAGAUUAUUACAGAGUCCUUCAUCAGAAGAAGCUCGUCAGUAUUUGAAUAAAGUUGUUGGUAAAGAGAUUUUACUCCAGAGAGAUCUGAAUCUGAAUGAUCAUAAACUACAAGAUUCAAGACUGCUACAGAUCUGUGAUCUACUGAAGGAUAAACACUGUAGACUCAACACACUCAUAUUGAGUGGUUGUGGUCUAACAGAAGAAAGUUGUUCAGCUUUAGCUUCAGUUUUAAGAUCAAAGUCAUGUCUAAAAGAGCUCGACAUGAGCAACAAUAAUCUACAGGAUUCAGGAGUCAAGAAACUUCACAACGGAUUAGAAAAUACAAACUGUCAACUACACAAACUCAGAUUGAGUGGUUGUGGUCUAACAGAAAAAAGUUGUUCAGCUUUAGCUUCAGUUUUAAGAUCAAAGUCCGGUCUAAAAGAGCUCGACAUGAGCAACAAUAAUCUACAGGAUUCAGGAGUCAAGACACUUCACAACGGAUUAGAAAAUACAAACUGUCAACUACACAAACUCAGAUUAAGUGGUUGUGGUCUAACAGAAGAAAGUUGUUCAGCUUUUGCUUCAGUUUUAAGAUCAAAGUCCGGUCUAAAAGAGCUCGACAUGAGCAACAAUAAUCUACAGGAUUCAGGAGUCAAGAAACUUCACAACGGAUUACAAAAUACAAACUGUCAACUACACAAACUCGGAUUAAGUGGUUGUGGUCUAACAGAAGAAAGUUGUUCAGCUUUAGCUUCAGUUUUAAGAUCAAAGUCCGGUCUAAAAGAGCUCGACAUGAGCAACAAUAAUCUACAGGAUUCAGGAGUCAAGAAACUUCACAACGGAUUAGAAAAUACAAACUGUCAACUACACAAACUCAGACUAUCAGACUGCAGUAUUGGAGAAGAAGGUUAUGUUGCUUUAUAUUCAGCUGUGAGAUCAAACCCAUCACAUCUGAUAGAGCUGGAUCUCAGUGGAAAUGAUCCUGGAGAAUCAGGAGUCAAACACAUCUAUGAUUUAAUACAAGAUCACAAAUGUGCACUGAAGAAAGUCAGAUUUUUGAAGAGUCGUGCUGCAGAAGAAGCUUGUGAUCAUCUGAAUCAAGUUAUUGAUGUUCAUCCAUUACUGUUAAAAGAACUGAAUCUGAGUGAUAAUAAACUGGGAGAUCUGGAUGGAGAGAAACUUUCAGCUCUAUUGAUGGACUCUCAUAGUAAAGUGAAGAAAAUCAUACUGAAUAAUUGUGAGCUGACAGAGAAACAAUGUUCAGCUGUAGCUGCUCUUCUCUCCUGUGUGAAAGAGAUUGAGAUGAACAACAGUCGUCUGAUGGAUUCAGGAGUCAAACAGAUCUGUGAUGAACUCAAGAAACCUCAAUGUCAACUACAGAUACUCAGACUAUCAGACUGCAGUAUUGGAGAAGAAGGUUAUGUUGCUUUAUGUUCAGCUAUAAGAUCAAACCCACAUCUGAUAGAGCUGGAUCUCAGUGGAAAUGAUCCUGGAGAAUCAGGAGUCAAACACAUCUAUGAUUUAAUACAAGAUAAACACUGUGCUCUCAACACUGUCAGAUUUGUGAAGAGUGAUGCUGCAGAAGAAGCUUGUGUUUAUCUGAAUCAAGUUCUUGAUGUUGAUCCAUUACUGUUAAAAGAACUGAAUCUGAGUGAUAAUAAACUGGGAGAUCUGGAUGGAGAGAAACUCUCAGCUCUAUUGAUGGACUCUCAUAGUAAAGUGAAGAAAAUCAUACUGAAUGAUUGUGAGCUGACAGAGAAACAAUGUUCAGCUGUAGCUGCUCUUCUCUCCUGUGUGAAAGAGAUUGAGAUGAACAACAGUCGUCUGAUGGAUUCAGGAGUCAAACAGAUCUGUGAUGAACUCAAGAAACCUCAAUGUCAACUACAGAUACUCAAACUCUCAUGCUGCAGUAUUGGAGAAGAAGGUUAUGUUGCUUUGUCUAAAGCUGUGAGAUUAAACCCAUCACAUCUGAUAGAGCUGGAUCUCAGUGGAAAUGAUCCUGGAGAAUCAGGAGUCAAACUCAUCUAUCAGUUAAUACAAGAUCAAAACUGUGCACUGAAGAAAGUCAGAUUUUUACAGAGUCCUUCAGCAGAAGAAGCUCAUCAGUAUCUGAGUAAAACUCUUGGUAUAAAUCCUUUACUCCAGAGAGAACUGAAUCUGAAUGGUCAUAAACUAAACAACACAAGACUGAAACAGAUCUGUGAUCUACUGAAGGAUAAACACUGUAGACUCAACAUACUCAGGUGA